AUGAGGCAGAGGGGACCGGUGAGGAACAUGUCUUUGGGGAAAAGCAAGGGCAGCAGCUGCUUUCGGACCGUGGCUGUGCUGGCAGAGGCCAAGGUGAGCCUGGUGGGGCAGGAAGAAGCAGAGAAGAAGAGCCGGGAGGAGUCGAGCGGAGAGGGCAGCGGCGUGGAGAUCCUGGCCAACCGGCCCUACAGCGACGGCCCGGGGGGCAGCGGGCAGUACACCCACAAGAUCUACCACGUGGGCUCCCACAUCCCCAGCUGGUUUCGGGCCCUGCUGCCCAAGGCUGCCCUGCAGGUGGAGGAAGAGUCCUGGAACGCCUACCCUUACACCCGCACCAGUGGGGUGCAGCCAGGUCGCGUGCACAUCCCCUGCCUGGCGGUUCAAUUUGUGCUGUGUGGCCUGGUGCGGGUUUCGACCCUGACUUCAAAUAAGCGUUAA